AUGAUAUUUUAUUUAACUUUCUUUGAAAAGAGUUAUUCUUUAAUUACUUUUAGGGCACAUCCUCUUCAACGUUAUCCUCAUGGUCCCAACAGCGGCAGCGGAUUCGGCGGCCCCCACUGUCUUCACGAUGAACCAGCUGGUAUCGAUACAAUGAACGGCGGAAGUGGGUCAGAUCACAUCCGGGAUGGUCAGCGCCACCACUUUUUGGACAAUGAUGAUCGCUUGCGUGAUCCUUCAGCACAGACUGGCUAUUUAGGGGGUCCUCGUUUUUCGGGUGGGCUUCCGCAUCGCAUGCCGUUCGGUCGGUAA